AUGGAUUGCACCGCCCCUGGCAGACCCCACGAUGUCGAGAAGGGCCAGAACCAGGAACGAAGGACGUUGAUCACCGGUCUGAGCGGACACAGCCAGAAGGGUCAGGUCGAGACAGCAUUACCCGGGCAUCUACACAGCCUCCCCCUAUCCAAGGACCCUAGUCUGGUGGGCUGGGAUGGCCCGAACGACCCCGAGAAUCCAUUCCAUUGGUCAACCUACAAGAAAGCUCGCCAGUUGGUGUUCAUGGCGCUCAAUACCUUCCUGACUUGCCUGGCCUCAUCUAUGUUCGCGCCUGGAGUGGCGGACGUGAUGACGGAAUUCGGGUCCGCUAAUUCGAUGCUGGCAUCGUGGGUGGUGUCCGUCUACGUGCUGGGCUAUAUGGUUGGCCCGUUCUUGAUCGCGCCUCUGUCGGAGCUGUACGGCCGCGUCCCAUUAUACCACGCGUGA